CAACUGACACUGCAACUACAACAGCUCAGACAACUCCAACAUCAACUGACACUACAACUACCGUAACUACAACAACUCAGCCAACUCAAACAUCAACUGACACUACAACUACUGUAACUACAACAGCUCAGCCAACUCAAACAUCAACUGACACUACAACUACCGUAACUACAACACCUCAGCCAACUGAAACAUCAACUGACACUACAACUACCGUAACUACAACAACUCAGCCAACUCAAACAUCAACUGACACUGCAACUACUGUAACUACAACACCUCAGCCAACUCAAACAUCAACUGACACUACAACUACCGUAACUACAAGACCUCAGCCAACUGAAACAUCAACUGACACUACAACUACCGUAACUACAAGACCUCAGCCAACUCAAACAUCAACUGACACUACAACUACCGUAACUACAACAGCUCAGCCAACUCCAACAUCAACUGACACUACAACUACCGUAACUACAACACCUCAGCCAACUCCAACAUCAACUGACACUACAACUAGAGACACUGCAGCUACGACUUCUUCCCCUGUAACUGUAACGACAGCACAACCUACUUCUACAGCUGAAACAACGGUCACAACUCCUUUAACCUCUACAAUUCUAGUUAGGUUUUCCAGCAAUGAAGAUUUUGUGGCAGAACUGUCAAAUCCAUUAUCAGAUGAAUUUAAAAACAGAGAAGACAAAGUCGUGAAAGAACUUACGCCAAUCUUUGGAAAUGCAUUCGGUAGCUCCUUCGUUAAAUUGAAAGUCAUUUCAUUCCGUUCUGGAUCAAUCAUCACUGAUAUGGACGUAACAUUUAGAACCGUACCCACUGAAGCCGAUAUAACCAAUGCCAUUGUAAACGGAAACAGCACUCUUAACAUCACCAGUGUUGACGUAAAUCCACUCAACACAACUACCAAAGCCACUACAACCAGUCCCACUACAACUACAACUACAACCAGUCCCACUACAACUACAACCAGUCCUACUACAACUACAACUACAACCAGUCCUACUACAACUACAACUACAACCAGUCCCACUACAACUACAACUACAACCAGUCCCACUACAACUACAACUACAGCCAGUCCUACUACAACUACAACCAGUCCCACUACAACUACAACUACAACCAGUCCCACUACAACUACAACCAGUCCUACUACAACUACAACUACAACCAGUCCUACUACAACUACAACUACAACCAGUCCCACUACAACUACAACUACAACCAGUCCCACUACAACUACAACUACAGCCAGUCCUACUACAACUACAACCAGUCCCACUACAACUACAACUACAACCAGUCCCACUACAACUACAACUACAGCCAGUCCUACUACAACUACAACCAGUCCCACUACAACUACAACCAGUCCCACUACAACUACAACCAGUCCCACUACAACUACAACUACAACUACAACCAGUCCCACUACAACUACAACCAGUCCCACUACAACUACAACUACAACCAGUCCCACUACAACUACAACCAGUCCCACUACAACUACAACCAGUCCCACUACAACUACAACUACAACCAGUCCCACUACAACUACAACCAGUCCCACUACAACUACAACUACAGCCAGUCCUACUACAACUACAACCAGUCCCACUACAACUACAACCACAACCAGUCCCACUACAACUACAACCAGUCCAACUACAACUACAACCAGUCCCACAACAACUACAACUAGUCCCACUACAACUACAACUACAACCAGUCCCACUACAACUACAACCAGUCCCACUACAACUACAACCAAACCAACCACCACCACCACAAAAACAACAACAACAUUCGAUGAGGUCUAUAAAAAGAAGUAUGGGGAACGUUUCAUCAGGACCAUCGUGAUUGGUUUCAGAGCCGUUGCCAAAACCCGAGCUGAGACAAAUGUCCAGGCAGAUGUUGAUUUAGUGUUUAGUGAAAAGUCAACCGAACCCAUUCCCUCCGCCACUUCCAUUGUGGAGACUCUGAAAGAAGCAGCUACAGCUCCGAGCUUCAACCUCACCAUCGACCCCACCACUGUUACUGUCAUCAAAUCACUGCAGAUAAUUCCAGUGACCAUCGUGACUAACGGCACCUUUGUGGCUGCUCUUUCAAAUACAAGUUCAACUGAAUUUAAGGACAGGGCUUUGAUGAUAAAAACAGGGCUUGAACCUUUUUUCUUUGCCGAUUACCCAUCAUCAUUCAGCAUCUUAACAUUAACAACCUUCAGUAAUGCCAGUGUAAAAACAAGGAGUGUACCCACGAUCCGAAACUCCAUGGAUCUCGCAUUUGGAGCGAACGGCGCUCUACCCAACAGCACCCAGAUAGUGAACACUAUAGUUAAAGCCGCCAGAAACAACUCCAUAGCCUUCCAGAUCUUCACAUCUGAAAUUGUGAUAAACGGCACAGUGUUUUCAUCCGCUGAAGUGAGCAGCAGGAUCAGUGUGUUGACCGCCGUACUCCUGGUGGCGGCGGCGCUUCUGCUCUCGAGGUUUGAUUGA